AUCCCGGAAAGAGAAGCGGCCACGCAAUUUUGACGUCUGGGCCAACACGCACGCAACUGUGUUGGGCUACGUUUAGCACACACACACAACAACAACAAAAACAACAACAACAACGACGACAACACGGUGUUGGCUGACGGCGAAUGAACAUCAACGACUUUCAUCCGAGCAAACAAGAAAGAAGGAAAGAAAUCAUUGCAACUGGUGUGGUGGUCGCCCGCCAUGUGGUGCGGGAAAAGAUCCAUCUGUGCUGGCACCGCUGCCGUCUGCAUCGGCAUUACCUGGGUCAUCCUCUUCGCGCUCGAUGUCUUCCCCAAUCUCGCCCACAGCAUGGUGAAGGAGCAAGUGGUUCUGAAGCUGAACUCGACAGUUUACGAAAACUGGAAGAACCCCCCAGCAGACAUCUACUUGAGCUUCACCUUAUUCCACUUGGUGAAUCCCAAGGAGGUGCUCGCUGGGGAGAAGCCACUCGUGCAAGAGGUGGGACCCUACACCUACCGGGAGAUGCGGAUCAGGCAAGAGAUUGUGUUCUACGAAAAUCACACAGUUUCAGCCACUUUGCCAAAGUCUUAUGUGCUGGUUCCUGAACAGUCUGUGGGAGACCCAAUGACAGACAAAAUCACCACUGUCAACGUUCCACUCAUGACUUUGGUGGAGAUGGUCAGGCACAGCUCCCUACCACAGAAGUGGCUGGACGUAAUCCUCAGCAUGGUGGCCAUGAUGGACAAGGAGACGUUGUUUCAGUCUCGCACCAUCCACGAGCUGCUCUGGGGAUACGAAGACCCCAUCCUUGCCCAGAUCCACAAGUUUGUGCCCACUGUCAACCCAAACUUCGGGCUUUUCUAUGGGAUGAAUGGCUCUGCUGAUGGUGUUUACCUCUUUCACACGGGACAGAAUAAGUCGACAGAUUUUUCAAAGAUCGCUCUGUGGAAAGGGGAAAGCUCGCUGAACUGGUGGACCACCGACUCGUGUAACAAGAUUAACGGCACGGACGGAUCCACUUUCCAUCCCCUGAUCAACAAAAAUGAAAUCCUCUACCUCUUCUCCUCCGACCUCUGUAGGUCCGUUUACGUUUCCUUCGAGAAGGAGCUGCCCGUCAAGGCGCUGAACACCUACAGGUUCACCACUCCGGCCAGCGUCUUCGCCAACUCUACCGCCAACCUCGGCUUCUGCACGACGCCCUCCCACUGCCCCGGCUCGGGUGUCCUGAACAUCAGCGUCUGCAAGCAAGGGGCUCCCAUCUUCCUGUCGUCGCCGCAUUUUUACGAGGCGGACCCCGCGUACGUGGAUGCCAUCGAAGGGAUGCAUCCGGACAAGGCCAAGCACGAAACCUUCCUCGACAUUGAGCCCGUUACAGGAUUUCCUCUGAGGGCAGAGAAGAAAGUCCAAAUAAAUGUCCAUGUGCAAAGGGCUCCCAACAUUCUGCAAACUGGUAAUGUGAGGACCCUUCUGUUCCCUGUUGUCUUCAUAAAUGAGAGCGCUCUAAUUAAGGACGACUCUGCAGCGCAGCUGAGAAGCCAGAUUCUGGAGGUGCACCUGCUGAGCAACCUGCAUUAUGUCCUCCUGGCCCUUGCCAUCGUGCUUGCGCUCGUCGCCACAGGCCUGCUGUACCGCGCUUGGAGCAGGACGGGCCAGAAUCAAUCCGAAUAUGAGCCGAUCCCAAAUUAAGGUGUUAAGGCACCGUCCAUCGGUCUGGAAGAUUCAACCACUUUGCCUAACUACUGAAUUUAAACAAAGAAAUGUCAGUGAUUAUUAUGCAUUUUUUUUCAUAGUGUGCAUGCAAAAAAAAAUGCACUCUUUUUUUUGUAUCAUAUCCGAUGCACUAUGGCAAGCAUGAUGCCGAUUUGUGUGGAGUUUUGAGUGGGUUCUUCCCCUGCAUUCUUCUGCAUGGGUUGUUAUUUACUGCAAAUUGGAGUGAUGGAUAAAGGCAUUGACCAAAACGUCACAACGACAACCCUCAUCGCACACCUUGCGACUUGAUAGACUUAAAGAACGCUGCAUUAUUUUACUUGACACUGGCAGUAGAGUUUUCUUUACAAAGCAAGCUCACAGGUAAACAUUUAAAAGUGCAGCCGAUAAAUAUCUUGCACACUCCACUGCGAGCAGAAUUGCCUUCACGAGAAGGAGCUCUAGAGAUACCCUCUAAGAGGGUGUUUAGCCUACACUUCCAUGCUGGCCAGACGUCUUGGAAGAGGUGUGAGUAGCUACACACAUGUUACUCUGCAACACACGUAACCUGCCGAUCAGCUGAUUGGGGUGUGCUCUUUUAUACUGAUAGGUGAGCAGUAGAGGAAGAUUUAAUACGCUUAAUCGGUUCAACUGCCAUGCCAGGAGAUCAACCUAGCAACCUUAACAUCACGGGAGAAUCCCUGUGUCUAAAAUGUAAUUUUUCCAGGUAUAAUCCCUUAUUAGUUUGCCUUGACUGCCUCCUAUUAAGGCUGCUGCCUGUGAUGGAUACUUAUUAAACCCAAUGGACACAUGCACUGCAGGAAGACCGUGUCUACCUCUGCUGAUAGGGGGUUGGGUUUAGCUCUGAACUUGUAGAAUUGGUUUCUUUGCCGACCUCGUGUUCUACUACUUGCUUGCCCAUUGUACCAGUGGCUCCAAGGCCCCAAUGAUCUACGUGCACAUUGAUUUUGUAAGCGGUUUAAUAUUUCAUGUCUGUGCAGUUGAACACUUUUUUUCCAUUCGCUCAUAUUAUCAAAGUGCAAUACACAUUGUAUCAGUUUAUGUUUGUCGAGCACCUCGUUAAAUGACAGAUAAAAUAAGAGCUAACAAAAACGAUGUUUAAUUUGAGUGUCAUAUACCCAUAAUUCACAUCACUGCAAUCAUUGGUCAGUUCUCCUCUUAGGGCGUUUCGGCAAUAAUGGCCAGAUGGGUAUCAAGAAUCCGAGAAUUAUAAAACAAAUUUGAAUCGCUUUAAGUCAUUAUCUUGCUACAUGGCACCAAUUUUACUGCCGGGGGUGUAUUGUAAGAAGAAAAAAAACUCGUCCGAAGAUUUAACAGCCUUCAGAACCCGUUCAUUGGGGUACUGGGUUGCAUCAGUAAAGCAGAUUCCACGAUGAAUGGACUUCAUUAGUUUAGCGCCACGUCAUUUACUGCAAACGUGGAGAAGUGCGUGGCCGGUGGUUAUUAAGAUGGACCGUACGGGAGUGGCCGUGCUUGUGUAAAUAGCCGAUCUGAUGCUUGCGCAUUUUUUAUCGUACGCAGCCCUUUCACUUACACGUGUAAGGUGACUUCUGCUCAGACUCUCUAAUCUGGUGACCUCUCUGCAACUCGGUGACUUCAUCGGCUGUUCACUGUACCAAACAAAUAUAACUUGUAUGCUCCGUAAGAGUAGCAUUCUAGUAGAACUCCUCUGGUCCACAGUCGUAUGACCUUUGACUCAUAUUGAACAAAUUAUGAUUCUCUUCUUUAAACCCAUCUGACCGGCAUACAAUUGUCCCCGAUACACCGCUGAAAGGAGGAUUGCCCUAUGACCAAUUGGACUUGGACAGGGUCUCUGAUCUAUCCGUGCUUCGAUUGUUCCUAUUUUUUUUACAUCUGCAUUGAGGAGUGGCUGUCUAUUUGUAGUUUUCUUCGCAGACUUAGCAUUGCCCACGUAUUUUGUUUGGAGUACACGGCCAGGGUGGAGGAGGGGGGAGGCGUAAUGUCAGCUCGACUCACGUACCCGCCGCAACACUGUGGAUGAUGCAGGUUGCGUCAUCUCCGCGCACUUGCCUGCCUGCGCGCCAGCCAGCCAACCAGCCAGCAAAACUUUAAAAAAACACAAUUUCGUAUGGUAAGUGUAGAGCCGCAGAAAGUUCGUUCCAUUAUCUGCGGAUUGGGGACGGGGUACUUGAGAGAAAAAUCACUGAUGACAUCACGGAUAUUCGGAUCAACAAUGCCGAGUCCCUCAACAUCACCGCCGAUGAGCGUUGCACGGCUUGCGUUGCGCAAAUGAAGACGAUUCCAGUGCGUGGUUGAAGAUACCCGCUCGCUUAGAGAGAUGUGCGCUUGUCCACGGGGCUUUGGACCCUGUCCCGUGUGAAACUCGAGGGCGCAAUCCCCGGGCCAAUGCCCACGAAUGUCCCGCACUAAUGCGUUUGUUCCCUUCUGAGAGUGCCCGUUCAUCCGGCGAUGCGAGUGUAACGGCGGGUGAACACCCGAGCGGUCAUUUGUGCAACUCGGCAGCUUGCAAGCGCAUUUACUUUACACGUGAACGACUCUGCAGAAGCGGGUGUUGUACGUUGCGCGAUUUGAUUGCGUAACCCAUGAUCGCUCUGGCGUUGACCCACCUUGAAUUCAAUAGCCACUGCUCGGCUUCAUCCUCAGCGUGUGUAAAGUCGGGUGUGAUGGCAUAUUCGUAAAAAAAAAAACCGGAUCCAUCGAAUCUGGAUACACAUGCGGGAUCGUUUUUGUAUGUGAUCAAAAUUUCAGUUACGACAACGUUGCAUACGCGGCCACAUGCAGUGCCAGAGUUGCCACAAUGCACUGCAUGCAAAAAUAUUUAAUUUCUACCCCCGAAAAGCGAGGAUUCGUGGAAUCGGAAGGCCCAGUAUAAAGUUCAAGUGGUUUUGGUUAUCGGGCAUAGCCUCGGUGUAGAAUGCAUCUGUGUUUCGUGUGGCAAGAGAUGUAUCUGCUUCCUCUGCAGACUGGGGGGGGGAUGCUUUCCUUGACCAUUUCCAGCAAGAAAAUGUAGACAAGGGGUCUUUAACAGUUAUUAUUCACUGUGUUAGCAGGUUGAAUUUUCAGGCGUAUAAAAACAUUUCAUACUGAUGUUUUGCGGGUCUCUAUUGUACUCAAUCUUUAUUUUGUAACUGUAAACUUUCUGUUGAUCUCGUUUGGUAUCAGUGUUACAAAAUCGAUAUUUUCGUUUUUAAAUAAAUUAUAGACACCUUAUUCAGUUUCGACCAAACUUUAGUAGUUUUAAGUUUUGUUUGAACUUUGUUGGAUUCGUUUGCACUGUGUCACUGGACAACCUUGCUAAUUAAGUGUUCCAUAUCAAGGAAUUAACACAGUUACACGUUUUUAUAAAUGAAACUGUUAAAGAACACCCUAAUUAUGACGCCCCAUGUCAAAUGCAGUCUUCCAACUCUUAUGGCCAAAUCGUUGCGCGUUAGAUCUUUGCUUUUUAAUGCUACAGUGUUAUUGACGAAUGUGUGAAUGUUAUGUUAAUUGUCCUUUUCUAACACUGUCAAUGCAGUAUCACCAAAUUGUGUAAUCAUAAGGGUAUUUUCUUAAGCCACAAAGUACGAGUCAAACAUUUUUGAAAUGUGGUGGCGGUUUACACAUCUUGCACAUAGUAGGUGUCGCUCACCUCCUCACUUGACCAACUUCUGCGGGUAUAGUUUUAAUAAGUUUAUGUUUGCAUGUUUAUAUUUUUCCUCCUGAAUGCACGGUGUUGUGAAAUUUAAUAGAAAAUAAAAAGUGUUGCCCCUUUGUGCAGAAAAUUAA